CCUUAUUUCCUUUGUUGGACUGUGGACUACUGUGAGCGCGACGUGUAAUCCAGACACGAGAGGAGAGUUUCCCGCCCUUCAGCUAGGAAGUCCGGCCAACGUUACCGCGCCGGUAAACAGUGACCUUCACUUCAUCUGUUGCGGAGGCAACAAAUGGACUUAUGAAUCGGAAGAUGGGAUCACGAGUCGUGAGAUAGGUCCAUACCCAGACUCACGCGGCGCGUUGAAGUGGAAACAAGCCGUCGAUCAUGCCAGUCCACCUUCUGCGAGGAGGCCGGAGGAGGACACGAUCAGGAGCACUCCAACUACUGUGUAUACAAUGCAUGAUGACAAAGGACGUCUUAUCCUGAUCAUAAACAGCGCAACCCAGAGGGACGCUGGUCAUUACCGAUGUCAUGGGUACGAUGGAGUAGUGGACGCGUUUUUGGUCAUCACACAAGAGCAUCUUACGGAUGAUGACUCAGGACCUGUGGUGAUCACUCAAGGUUCCGUCAUUCGAAAACAGAUAAUGUUCUCAUCUGACCGGUUAGACAAGGUCAUACUGAAGUGCCCUGUAUCCGGAAACCAGGUGGUGAAAUCUUGGCUUUGGCGGGAGCCUAUACUUCCUAACUCGGAGGACUUUUCCAAGUUACCACAAGGCAAACCACCGAGCCGAACAGUAACCGCAAAACACCCAGGUCGUCACGAGAGUGGCCACGUGGAGAUUGGUCCGCAACUCGCCUGGGCACGUGUGCUAGAUCCACUGUCACCCGAAUCACCGGUCCUACUGUGGUGUCAGUUUGAACUACCUUCUGUGUGGGAAAAUAAGGACCCGAUUGCCGCCCAUUAUGCCAUCGAAUGGGAACUGUACGAACCAAUCGCACCCAAAGUACUCCUGCUGACAACGGAUGAUAUGCUCACGGAUGACGCCCCAGGAAUGUGGAUGAGCAACAAGAGCACCGCCGAAGUGACGCACACUGAUUUGACAGCGCUGUUACAACAAAUUGAGAGCGCCGAAAUGAUGCGCAGCGCAGCAAAUCAACAACCACUCACGGUUUUGGAGCACAAGCCUGCGAAAUUCGCCUGUCGUUUUCGUGUGGUGGACAGGGAUGGCCCGAAAGAACUUGAUGCUCAAAAGUUGCCCAUGCAACAAGUAUACUGGUAUCGAGACGGGCAGUCCGUACACGUCCCGCCCUUCUAUGUGGAUAAUAGCUUGACCAAUUCCCACGGCAUCUCGGUGCUUGAAGUGCGGGCAUAUUCUUCUCUGUUCCAACCGCACAGACAAGUAACCGAGGACAUGCCUACUGGCGGACCAAUUGAACAGAUCACCUGUUCCGUGACAAGUCAAUUAAAGUCCAACCCGGUGUAUAAAAUAAACACAAAUGACACACUCGACGUCGUCGUCAUCAUCAUUCCUCAAAUAAUAAAUAAAUCACUCCUUUCAACUGAAAGGAGUGUGGAAGACGCUGUCAAACUGACCUGCGUCGCUAUUGCCAACGGCCCGCCGGAGAUGGUAUUCGAAUUCGGUCGCACCCAAUGGCGAACUGAUGCACCAGAGUGGAUUCCGAUCGAACCGCGCUAUGGUCUCAACACUAGACGUAUCGCACCGGAUCGGGAGAACCCUACGCUCCACCGAUUGGUUUUGGAUAUUUCAGACCUUCGUCCUUCCGAUCAUGGACCUUACCGAUGUAGCGUUUGGAACAAGGCAGGUCGAGCACAAGCGAUCGGCCAUGUCCUUGUCCGGUCAAGACCUCAGCUGGAGAUAGUCCCGUCAGAGUCCAGCUACUUUGUCGGACACAAGCCGUGGAUUGCAUCGUGUCACGUGACUGGGUACCCAUUGUCCAAGGCCAAACAGAUGGUGAGCGGCGCUCGGUCGGUUGAGUUCGAUAAGUCCAGUGGAGAGGAUCCAGUUGCCGAAACUACCGUCACUAGCCAUGACGAAACCACUCCUAAUCCAACCGACACCGGGCCAGUCCGCAUGGCGGUAUUUACACCGGAUGGCGAGCCAAUGGAGAAAGCUGAAGUGAACCUCCUCAGUUACGAAACGAACGCUUUUCUUGGCAUCAAUGCAACUUUCCAACUCCAGCUGAGCCAACGGUUGGGUAGUGAGGCCAUGGUGCGCUGUGAAUACACUCAUCUAGAUGGCCAAGUGUUUCAACGAGAGAUGUCGCUAAAAGAAGCCACAAAGCCACCUGCACCGAAUAUCACAGUUCUUUGUGCCGGACCCAGUGCUGUCGUAUUCGGUGUAUCCAACCCGAGAGCAGGACCUCAGAGUUCCCCGACAGAGCGUAUUGUGACCCAGAAAGUGAUUUUCGCCCCCGCAAAGUCGUUUCAUCACUCCACUGACCUGGAAACCCGACUGGUUUACCUUGAUUCAGAGGGCCAACCUUCCGCGUCGCCGUCCAAUGCAUCUUUGGAAAAUCAGCAUGUCACCGUAAAUGCCGCUCAUGAGGCCCGCCCACACACUGCCAUCAUACCCGUGAAAGGACUGGCGUCGGAUACGGAAUAUGUGUUUGAGUGGUCGUCUGGAAACGAAUUCGGUUUGAGCGUCAUGGUCCAGUUUGCUUUGUGGACCACAAGGUUAGAGACACCGCCACCAAUCAAGAAUGUUAUCUCCCUCAAGCCAUCGCCGGAGUUCCUGCGUUUCUCCAUUUUUCUUGGGGAUCCUUGUCCAUAUAGUGACGGUGCAAGGGCCCAGCUCUCAGACCUACUGGUACGUUAUCGGCCUACUCGAGUCAAUGAAUCCGACCCCUAUGGUAACCAACUAGUUGGCUACGGCGAGUGGUCUGAAAUGCGAGUGUGCAGACGCUUGCACGACGAGAGCUACUCCAAGGAGCAUGAUGAUGAACUCAGUGGUGAUGACCAACCAGGCAUCAGAUGGUCAGGAGACAAACCGCUUCCCUGCGACCUCCCUGUAAGCGACACUCAGGCGGCAUACGAGGUUCAAUUUGCUACUCAAAACCGCUUCGAAAAAUCUGAUUGGUUCACCACAAUUUAUCGACCCAAGGAAGCGGUUCAUUCCUCCGCUUUAUGUUAUCCGACUUGUGGAGUGCUGAAGACAAAAGCAAGCCGGAUUACCAUCUACGUACUCGUCGGUUUUGUUUGUCCCGAAUUUUGGAAAGCAGUACUCAGAAGACUGAUUGGCUUCACAUAUUUCCUUCAUUGAUAACUCUUUCAGACGUAGACAGCAUUUUGUCGGCCAGAUUUGCAUUACUACUUCAUCGUAUGCAGCACAAAACCUUAUGAUUUUGGAAUCAUGUAGUGUUAAGGGGUCAAUAAUGGCUGAGUCAUAAUCAACUUUGCGAUCUUCUCAAUAAAACAGAAGUUCGUAUUACUUUUCAUCCCUUUCUGGAACGGAACAACUUCUUAUUUCAUCCACAACAUUUAUCCACUUCCCAGCAAUAUUUUUAUGAGGGUAUCUGUUUGCAUUUAUGAAAUUGCAUUCCCCUUUUCUGACUUUAUGGUUGACAGUUCAAUAGCAUUGCUGCCGCUUCCCUUUCCCACGGGUCACUGCGCCAAUUUCGAAUAGCUCAAGAGUACGUCUGCCAUAAAGUCCACGUGACCAUUUGUUCUUCUUGUGUUUCAUGCUGAUGCCCCGUUAACACUGAGUUCAUAUUCAACUCAAUGUCC